AUGGAUUUUAAUUUAAUGAACAACUAUUAAAUUAAAAUAUACAUGAUCCUUCCAGUUAUGGAAGGAAUAUAAGUACCAUAACAAUAAUAAUCAAUCUCUUAACCACAAGAUUUUUAUGAUUUUUAUAGUUUGAUUCAAAUUUUAUACUAAAAUGAUACAAUCUUCUAUAAUAAUAGUAAAAUCAGCCACCAGAAUCAAAUUAUUUUUAAACUUAACCUGUUCAAAAAAGUUCUUAAGUUUUAUAAUAGUUCUCUGUUGAUAGAUUAGAUGUUUCAAAAGUAUUGAAAUUGGGUUCUAUUUUUAGUAUGAUUUGGAUGAUGAUUAAAACAAUAGAUAUGAACUCUGGUUCAAUUAAUAAGAUAAAACAAAUUAAGGCUUUAUUUAAGAUGAUUAAGCAUAGGCAUUUUUUUUUUAAAUCUUAAUUACCAUCUCUCCAACUUUUAAUCAAUUUUGAAAUUUAGUUGAGUUUGGAUAGAAUAGCAUUUAAAAUCAAUAAAUAGUGAAUUAAAAUCUUUAGGAACAAUUAUUUUAAAUAAAAUAAUCAAAUUAAUUAGAAGAAAAGCAGCCUUCAUAAUAACCAAAUUAAUUUGAAACAAUUAAUGUAGUGUAAAUUAUUAUUAUUUAGAUCAUAGAUGAUUGUGAUUAAUCCAAUUAUAGAGGAAAGAAAGAUAAAGUAGUUUCUGGAGGUAACCAAAGUGCUGAAAAUCUUCCUUGGUAAUGGAAAUGA